AGCUAGAACCCGGCUUCGGGCGCGCGUGCGGCCGCAGCAGUUGCUCCCGACCUCGCCUCGGCCCGACGCAGGGCCUCGCGCGCCCAUGGCCGGCUCCGAGCAGCAGCGGCCUCGGCGGCGGGACGACGGAGACUCGGACGCGGCGGCAGCGGCGGCAGCGGCUCCCCUGCAGGACGCGGAGCUGGCCCUGGCCGGCAUCAACAUGCUGCUCAACAACGGCUUCAGGGAGUCGGACCAGCUUUUCAAACAAUACAGAAAUCAUAGCCCACUAAUGAGUUUUGGAGCCAGUUUUGUCAGUUUUUUGAAUGCCAUGAUGACAUUUGAGGAAGAAAAAAUGCAGUUGGCAUGUGAUGACUUAAAAACUACAGAAAAACUGUGUGAAAGUGAAGAGGCCGGAGUAAUUGAAACAAUCAAGAAUAAAAUUAAGAAGAAUGUUGAUGUCCGAAAAUCCGCCCCCUCUAUGGUUGAUCGGCUUCAGAGGCAGAUAAUCAUAGCUGACUGUCAGGUUUACCUGGCUGUGCUUUCGUUUGUAAAACAAGAAUUGUCAGCAUACAUCAAAGGUGGGUGGAUCCUUAGGAAAGCCUGGAAGAUUUACAAUAAAUGCUAUCUGGACAUCAAUGCCCUUCAGGAGCUGUAUCAGAAGAAGCUAACUGAAGAGUCCUUGACUUCUGAUGCUGCAAAUGAUAAUCACAUUGUGGCUGAAGGGGUGUCUGAGGAGUCUCUGAACAGACUGAAAGGUGCUGUUAGCUUUGGAUAUGGCCUUUUUCACCUUUGCAUAUCCAUGGUGCCCCCAAACCUGCUCAAAAUCAUCAACCUGCUGGGUUUUCCUGGAGACCGCCUACAGGGGCUUUCUUCACUGAUGUAUGCAAGCGAAAGUAAGGACAUGAAGGCCCCUUUAGCUACAUUAGCUCUGCUCUGGUAUCAUACUGUAGUCCGCCCGUUUUUUGCCUUGGAUGGCAGUGAUAACAAGGCAGGCCUGGAUGAAGCUAAGGAAAUUCUCCUUAAAAAAGAAGCUGCUUAUCCAAACUCUUCCCUAUUUAUGUUUUUCAAGGGACGGAUACAACGACUAGAGUGUCAAAUCAACAGUGCCUUGACGUCUUUCCACACUGCUUUGGAACUUGCAGUAGAUCAGAGAGAAAUUCAGCAUGUCUGUCUGUAUGAGAUUGGUUGGUGCAGCAUGAUAGAGCUCAAUUUCAAGGAUGCGUUUGAUUCCUUUGAGAGGCUAAAGAAUGAGUCCAGGUGGUCACAGUGCUAUUAUGCCUACUUAACUGCAGUUUGUCAGGGAGCCACUGGUGACGUGGAUGGGGCACAGAUUGUCUUUAAAGAAGUUCAGAAACUCUUCAAAAGGAAAAACAAUCAGAUUGAACAGUUCUCAGUGAAAAAGGCAGAGCGAUUUCGGAAGCAAACCCCAACCGAAGCACUCUGCGUGCUGGCGUCCAUUGAAGUGCUGUACUUGUGGAAAGCUCUUCCAAACUGUUCCUUCCCCAACCUGCAGAGGAUGAGUCAAGCUUGCCACGCGGUGGAUGAUUCAUCUGUUGUUGGAUUAAAGUAUUUGCUUCUUGGUGCCAUACACAAAUGCCUAGGAAACUCAGAAGAUGCUGUUCAGUACUUCCAGCGGGCUGUGAAAGAUGAAUUGUGUCGUCAGAAUAACUUGUAUGUUCAGCCUUAUGCCUGUUAUGAACUUGGCUGUCUUCUAUUAGACAAACCAGAGACUGUAGGAAGAGGCAGAACUCUACUUCUUCAAGCAAAGGAGGAUUUCUCUGGCUACGACUUUGAAAACAGAUUGCAUGUCCGCAUCCAUGCUGCUCUGGCCUCUCUGAGGGAAUUAGUUCCUCAGUGACAGACCUGGAACACCUGCUCUGUCCCUCCCCACCCAGGGUCCGCACUUUAAAAUAAAAGCAGAGGACAAAGCUCUUGUGAAGAUCGGCUUUUCUUCUGAAAACCACCUGUGCCAGAGACACAUUUUCCCACUGAAGCUGACAUAUUAAAGAUCUCCUCUUUUAAACAUGUAGCUAAAAAGUAAUAAUGAUGUUGAGGAGGAUGAUGAUGGUUAUGACUAACCACCUGGGGAGAGGGUUAAGUGACCUUGCUCAAACAUUUUAGUUUUGUGAUUUAUUAUUUUUAAAAAUCAAACAAAAUAUCCAACCCAAGAUCCUAAUGUAAGCACAUAUCUGAAUGGGUAACAUUACAAGGUACCUGUAAAUUAUUAACAAUAUCAUGACAUAGCAUUUAUAUUUGUGUUUUGAAAAAAUAAAAGUGCUUUCUAGCGUUUUACUUUAUCUUCACAACUCCAGUGAAUGACAUAGCACAGAUAUUCUUAACCCCACUUUGCAGACAGUGAAACUCAGGCACAGAAAGGCUAAUUGACUUAUCCCAAUUAAUUAUUCCUUUUGUCAGCAGAAAAAUGAAUAGAAAGCAGAUCUCCUGACCAACUGUUCUUUUUAUUAUAAAAAAAAUUUAUGUUAAUAGGCCAGAAUUCCAUGCUUUACUUACUAAAAGAACAAAAUCUUCAGUUGAAGACAUGUCAACAGAAAUACUCAUCUCCAGACUGUCUACAGAAUGUUUCAAAGUGAUGGACACUCUUUUUUCCUUUGAAAGCCAACCAACUAGGAGCAAAUAUUAAUAGAAGAUAAUUUUACAACUAAAAGUGUAGCCCUUUUGCUAAUCUCUUAGAAGGCAUAGUCUAUAGAUUAGACAAAUAAUAUCUACAUUUUGUGAGUUUUUCUUUCUUUCUGAAAAUUGUCAAAUUACCAACUUUUGGAAAUCCUUUAACAAAUGACUUGAAAGAUUAUUCGUGAAUGAACAUAGAUUUUUGUCUCAAAAUAUUUGCUGGUGGAACAUUUGCUGGGCUACACAGUGCCAGGUUUUAAUCAUUUUCCCCUUAGCUCAGGUUAUUUAGAUAUUAUAAAAGGAAUUCAAAGUUAUUUUUUUAUCUUCAUUGCUAAUUUUUAUUGUCAUUUAAUUUACCUCCAUGCCCAGUACUGCAAACCUGUGGUUUUGAAGAAUCUAAAUACCUCAGUCACUUUUAAGAAUCUCUGCCAUAAUUUGGCUCAAUGUUUAAGGUUAGGUUUUUAAAGAAAUUUUUAUUGAGCAAAAGGGUAUCAUUUUGGAGUAUCGUUAUUUACAAAUUCUUUUGGCUGAAGCAUGAUCUCACGAUAUUAAUAUUUUGAUAUUUCUUUUCAAAAUAAAACAUGAGAAAAGCAAGUAGAAUGUUGGCAAAUUUAAUCUGAUUUGACCUUGUUUUGAAGGAAUAAUCAUAAUUUCUUUGAAAGAAGUUAUUUCUCACUGACUUUGGCAAAACUAUAUUCAUGUUUCUUCAUCUCUGUUACUGAUGAUGUCACUUUUCAGUAGACUGUUUCCAAAGUGUUUAUUCACACUGACUUUCUCUUGAUGUGAAUUCGGUGUGGAUUUUACAUAAUAGUAAGAGAGAAGAGAUUGCUCUCCUAUAUUCAGUGUAUGAGAGCCUCCAGAAGCCAAGAAGGGAACUUUUUUCUGAAGAGAAAAAUUGAUGUCGAAGAAUAUUGGAUAUCUGGUUUUAUCUAGACUGAAGGGAAGAACAUUAUGAAUCUUUAAAAUACAGCUAUUGCCAUUUUGUUCUCUUAACGUGCAGCAUAGGUGACAAGCUUUUCUGUCGUGAUCGUGGAGCAUUCUGAAUCAUGGCAUUCUCGUUUCAGAGUUCAUUCUUGAAUUUUCAGUUUAAAAUAUUGUUUGAACUAUUAUUCCAUAUUCAAAGAUUACAUAAUUGGCUCUUUUUCAAAAGAUUUAUUUCUGCCUGCUUACAAAACUACAUUUAUUUCUCCAUAGAGAGUACAGGACUUCAAAUUAGUUUGUGUUCAGCUCACUUACCUGGAUAGACAAUUUUGUGUUUUGCAACACCAUCCUGUAGGUUUUCUUUACUAGUCAAAGUGUAGGUCUUUUUAAAAUUGUAUUUCUUUAUUUUGAGAUGGAGUCUUACUCUGUCACCCAGGCUGGAGUGCAGUGGUGCCAUCUAGGCUCACUGCAACCUCUGUCACCCGGGUUCAAGCAAUUCUCCUGCCUCAGCCUCCAGAGUAGCUGGGAUUAUGGGUGCCUGCCACCUCGCCUAAUUUUUAUAGUUUUAGUAGAGAUGGGAUUUCACUAUCUUAGCCAGGCAAGUCUUGAACUCUUGACCUCGUGAUCCACCCACCUCGGCCUCCCAAAGUGCUGGGAUUUCAGGCAUGAGCCACUGCGCCCAGCAAGGUCUUUUUUUUUUUUUUUUUUUUUUUUUAAAGAGUCUAUCCUAGGCUUGGUACAGAUGGCCCCCUUGGAACAUCUAUAUUAACUUGGUGGUAUACCAUGGAGAGUGGGUAGAUGGAGCUUCUAGACUCUAAAACAACAAAACCACAGUGUGAGUACACUGUCCCAUUAGAUUGACUGAAGUCUGAGUACAUUUUCUGGCCUGCGUGCUGUGACUCAUCCAACCUAUGAACUGCUUGUGAUCCGCCUGGUAACCUGGUUUGGUGUAAACUGCUCUUAACCCUUUGCUGAUGAAGACAAUAAUCAUAUAAGUGCAACUAUUUGCAUCUAUGUGUGUUUCUUUUUUUAUGUUGUUAUCACUCACUCCUUCCCCUUUCCUAUUUUGGAGGCUCUCAGUGGAUCUUCUAAAUUUAUAAAUGUCAAAUAUAUUUUUGUAUUAGAUUGUGCCUAUGAUGAGAGAAAUCUCUAAUGUAUAUUUUAUGUAUGCUGAACACAUUUUUAUAAUUUGACACACUUGGAGGCAUGGUCUAGUAAUAAUAAUGUAGUAUGUACCUUGCUGGUUAAUAUAACUAAGAUUUUACCUUCAA